UGUGGAAAGCUCUUCAGUUUCACUGCAGGUAUGAUUUCAGGUUAGCAUUGUGCUCUGUGGUGUGUCCAGCUCGUUUGUGUUUUGACCUCUGAAGGGUAUCUACAGGAAUGGAAUAGUUUAUUGCCAUGUAGUGGGGCUGCAGUUUGUUUUGUCAGGCAGGAUAUACAGUCGUGGCGUCAUACUUUGUAGCUGUUGUGUGUGACAACCGGCUAGCAGCAUGGAUCCUCAGCAGCCUGUUUUUAACCUGAUGAAGAGGUUUUGUCCGUGUUUCAGCCUGCUCCCACUGCCAAGUCAGGAUUGGAGUAAGAGUGAUGAAAGGCUUCUGCAGGCUGUCGAGCAGAACGAACCUGACAAAGUCUCUGCCCUCAUUGUCAAAAAAGGUCUGUGUCCCACCAAGCUGGAUGCUGAGGGAAAAUCAGCCUUUCACUUGUCUGUUUCCCGAGGCCGUCUGAACUGUCUGGAAGUAAUCAUUUCUCAUGGAGCAGACAUCAGUGUAACUGAUGGUGCCGGCUUCAGUGCUCUUCACCUGGCAGCCAAAAAUGGCCAGUCAGAGUGUUUAAAGAGGCUUUUACAGGAGAGGAUGUCUGUAGAUUGCACUGACAGUAUUGGCAGGACACCUCUUCAUCAUUCAGCUGUGACGGGCUGCUUGUCCUGCACUGAGACCCUCUGGGACUUUAAGGCUGAUCUGGACAUUCAAGACAAUGAUGGAGCGACUCCUCUGAUCUUAGCAGCUCAGAUGAGCAGGGUGGAGUUGUGUGUCUUUCUGUUGGACCGAGGGGCCAAUGCAAACCUGCAGGACAGCCAAGGAAGGACUGCACUGAUGUUGGCAUGUGAGAGUGACAGUGUUGAGACAGUUGAGGCGCUGCUGAGAGGUGGAGCUGACACCCAACUGGUGGACUCUCUUGGACACAAAGCCGCCGACUACAGCGCAGCCACUGGCAACCAGCGCAUCAUUCAGAUGUUGCAGGAUGGAGUUCCUCCAGCAUCUGAGACCACAGGCGAGGAGCCUACUCAGACCCCCUCAGGCACCUCAUCAGUGCAGGGGGGAACUACCCCACGUAAACGGAAAGCUCCUCCACCACCCCGCUCGCCUCUUCAGAUCCAGGAUUUGCCACCUUCUCCACAGCCCCGGAGCUCAGCUCCUUCAGCCAAGUCUCCACAGCCUUCAGAAAACCAGCAGUCAGCCCAGUCAGAAGAUGAGGAAGUAUUUGAAGAAAUCCGACGACUGCGUCUGGAAAGAGGCCGUCUGCUACAGAAAAUCAAAUCCUUGGAACAGCAGCAGCAGACUGCCCUCUCUGCUUUGGAAGAGAUGUCUAAGCUAAAGCAGCGUCUUGAGGAGGCAGAAGAAGAGAGGGACAAGCUGCUGGAGGAGCUGAAGGGAGGCCACGGCAUUGGAGCCAGUGACUCUGAGGACAUGGAUGAAAUGCUGGAUUUCCCUGAAAAGUUGCUCUCCAAGCGCUCCAGAACCUCGAUUGUUAAUGAUGAGGCCACUCCUGAAACCGAGAGAGACUCAGUCAGCCCCUCCCCAGCCCCAGAAGAUCUGGGGACAGUUGCUGAGCUCCACAAACAAAUACAGAACCUCACCUCCCAAAACGCUGAACUCAUUCUUAAAGUGCAGAUGCUGGAGAUGUUUGAGAAGGAUGACACAGACAUGCAGGCCUCCAGUUCAGACUUUGUCCCUAUAGUUCAGUAUGAGACAUUGAGGAAAGAGUUUGAGGCCCUUCAGGAGCGCUUUUCUCAGGUCCAAGGCUCAGAUGAAUCCUCCAGUGUAGCAGAAGAACGUGGCAGUGAGAAGUCCCACGAAGGCAGUGUAGAUGUAGAAAGUACAGAAGGCCUGAAGGUGAAACUACGUGAGCUGGAGGAGCAGUUGGCCUCUUCCCAGUCUGAGUUGGAGGAGCUGAAGGAGCAGAUGCGUCUCGGAGUGCUUUCUGUGGAGUGUGGAGAGGGAGAUAUUACAGCAGCAGGUGCUGGGGCUGCAGAAGAGGGCCCUGGCCCGGAGGCACGGCAGCUGAGAGCUAGGGUGACAGAGUUAGAGGAGGAGCUUGCAAAGAGACAGGGCGAGGCUGGAGGUCAGAGCAGCCUGGACAGUGACACAAUCAAACAGCUGACAGAGAAAGUACAGGAACUGCAGCAUGCUCUGGCUCAGAGAGACUGCAUGAAGGAGGAAGGAGACAGGGCCGAAGAGACAGACACUGUCAAGUGUCUGCGUGACAAAGUUACAGAAUUGGAGGCAGCCCUGGCAGAUAGUAGAGCAUCAGGGAACCAGGGAAGAGUGGCAGGAGAUGGAGACCAGGUCCGCCGCUUGCAGGAGCGUUUGGGUGAGCUGGAGGGGGAGCUGAGAAAGUGUGUGCCCCGCUCAGAGCUGGAGGAGGUGCAAUUGACCCUGGGGCUGCAGUGUGAGCAGCUGGCACGAGAAAGGGCAGAGGUGGCCAAAAGGCUCAAUGACGCCCUGCUAGAACUAGAGGGACUCAGACCUCCAGCACGUGGAGAUGAUGAAGAGGAGGAAGAGGAGGACGAAGAGCAUUCGGAGAGCUCGGAGCCCUCAGUGAUAUCAGACCGGUCCAGACGCUCCCUGGCAGCAGUGAGAGAAGAACUUGAGGUUGCCAGACAGGAAGCAGCCCAGGCGCUGGACUGUCUCUGUGCGGAGAGGGAGGGCCGUGCACAGGAUGCCCUGCAACUCAAAGACGCUGUGCCCCUGUCCAAACAUAAGGAGGCCCUCUCUGCAGUGUCUGAGCAGCUAGCUCAGAUCCUGCAAGAGCUCCAAGAAGAGAAAACCCUUCGGGCUCAAGCCGAAGAGCAGGCUGCUAAACUAGAGGCCAAACUGGAAGCCAUGCAGGAUGCCAUACCCAAAGAGGAGCAUGAGAAAGUGAAGGCAGAGCUGGAGCACUCCCUGCAGGCCAGCGAAGGCCGUGAAGCUGCAGCUCAGGAAGCUCUGAGUGAGAAGGAGACCGAGUUAAGAGAGUUGAAAUCCCAGAAGGCCGCAGAACAAGGUCUGAUCUCCAAGGAGGACCAUGAGGCUCUGCGGCUCUCAUUGCAGGCGGAGAUCAACGCCGUCACUGCUCGCUUCAAUGACCUCACUCGUAAACAUGAGAAGACCUGCACUGAGGUGUUCCAGGUGCAGAGGGAGGCGCUCUUUAACAAGAGUGAGCGGCAAGUUGCAGAGUCCCAGCUGGCCACAGUGCAGCAGCAGCUUUCUGAACUUAAAGCCCAAUCAAGCCACAUCCAGGAGCUCCACAAGGAUAUCCAGGAAUCCCAGGGCCUGGUCAAGGAGAAGGACCGCAAGAUAACAGAGCUGUCCAAGGAGGUAUUCCGGUUAAAAGAGGCUCUUGGAGCUCUUUCUCCUCCUCUUGGCAUCAGCACCUCCUCCUCCUCCUCCAGUCAUCAUGGCAACCCUGGACAGCAAGUGGCAUUGCAGAACAGGAUUUCCAUCCUAACCCAGCAGCUUCAGGAUUGGGAGAGGAAACACAGGCAGGUGGUGACUGUGUACCGCUCACAUUUACUGGCAGCUGUGCAGGGUCGCAUGGAUGAAGAGGUGCAGCGUUUGCUUCUCCAGAUUUUAAGGAUGACACAGCAGGGACACUAAACACCUACAAAUCUCUCUCCUCCUUUUCAACUCAAUAUUAUAAUACAGCAGUUCCAGUCCAGCAUCCUGAUCCUAUGUGACUGACAUUAUGACGACCGUGUCCACGCAGCCAAAAACAACUGAUCUGUGGUCGGAAAAAGCUGCAUGUUAAUGUUGUAGUAAUUGUAACAACAAAAACAACAAUGCGGAGAACUCGAAUGUGGAGUGCCUUUAUUGUAAGUCAGGGGAUUAUGAUAGCCGAAAACUUGAAUGUGAAAGUGAAAUAGUUAUUUAGAUGACAGA